CAUGGCGUCGGGAAAGUGAGACUUCGGGCUAAUGUCACACAGUUUGAUCAAAGUUAGUGUGCUUCACCUCUUUUAAAUAGCACAAAGUUUUUACUCCACACCUCGGCGGCAGCUGGAAACGUGUACCUGGGAGUUUCGGGGGGUCUGAUGUUAGGCUGCAGCCGCCUCAGCCGCCAUCAUGUUCACCAAGAAGAAGAAAUCUCGUAUCCAGAUCUCGGCGCCGUCUAACUUCGAGCACCGCGUGCACACAGACUUCGACGAGCAGGAGCAGAAGUUUGUCGGGUUGCCGCGGCAAUGGCAGUCGCUCAUUGAAGACACGGCGAAGAGGCCCAAACCCUUCAUCGAUGCAACCGUCAUCACUACUGUAGAGCCACGCAAGACUAUUGUACGUGGCAGUAAGAUCGGGGUGGACGGUUCUCUGACAUGGCUGCUGGAUGAAUUUGACACAAUGUCGGUGACUCGCUCCAACUCCCUGCGACGAGGCAGUCCUCCCAUCCAGCCUCGCAGGGACUCUUCCUCUGUAGUAGGAGGAGGAGGAGGGCAGGAGAAUGGAGACCCUCACCACAGACACUACUCACACCCAGACAGACAGGAGAGAGACCGAUCCAGACCAGAUCACCAUGGCGGAGGUGACCCCCGCCAGAGUGAGCGCGGGGUCCGUCUGCCUCAAAGAGACGAUGGAGUCCAGGGUCGGCCCCAGCAGCAACCGCGGGGCCAAGAGCCCAGCAGGGCCCACAGGGACAGACCGGCUCCUCCUCACAGAGACAGAGAGCCUCGGGACCGGGACCAGGAGCAGGGGGUCCGCAGGGAUCAACCCGGUGACCACCGGCCAAAGUCCAGCUACGUGUCACGUGACGGCAGCCCUCAGUCUCCCAGGGAGAAGAGGCCUCUCUCCGGGCCCAACAUCCGCACCCCAAACCUGCCGGUGACAGAGGGAGUGAUGAAGACCGCCCAGCAGACCACACGGCCAUUCAACACCUACCCGAGGACGGACAGUGAGGGAGGACGCAGCCCCACAGGACAGCCGGUGCGACACCAUGAAUCCUCUCCUCAAAACGGUCCCUCUAGCGGCUCCCAACGAGGUUCCUCCAAGCCCCCUGUGAGCCACCAGCACCCUCACCACACCUCCCACCCCAGCCUGACCCCCGAUGCCACCCAGCAUCCACACACUCCUCACCCCAACGUUCCAGCCCCGCGGCCGCCCGUACCUUCCGGGCCCCCGGCGUCCAGUGCUCCGCCCCAGGGCCGCUCCCCCCAGAGGGAGCCGCAGAGGGUUUCCCACGAGCAGUUCAGGGCAGCGCUACAGAUGGUUGUCGAUCCCGGUGACCCACGGACCUACCUGGACCACUACAUCAAGAUAGGGGAGGGGUCCACGGGGAUUGUGUGUAUCGCCACGGUGAAGACCACGGGGAAACUGGUCGCUGUGAAGAAGAUGGACCUGAGGAAACAACAGCGUAGAGAACUGCUCUUUAACGAGGUGGUGAUCAUGCGGGACUAUCACCAUGAGAACGUAGUGGAGAUGUACAACAGCUACCUGGUGGGGGACGAGCUGUGGGUCGUCAUGGAGUUCCUUGAAGGAGGGGCUCUUACUGACAUUGUGACGCACACUAGGAUGAACGAGGAGCAGAUUGCCACCGUGUGUCUGUCUGUCCUGAAAGCGCUGUCUGUCCUCCACACACAGGGCGUUAUCCACAGAGACAUAAAGAGCGACUCCAUCCUCCUCACUCAUGACGGACGGGUGAAGCUGUCAGACUUUGGUUUCUGCGCCCAAGUCUCGAAGGAAGUGCAGAGGAGAAAGUCUCUGGUUGGCACGCCGUACUGGAUGGCACCAGAGCUCAUAUCCAGACUUCCUUACGGACCAGAGGUGGAUAUCUGGUCUCUGGGUAUCAUGGUCAUCGAGAUGGUGGACGGGGAGCCUCCGUACUUCAAUGAGCCGCCGCUCAAAGCCAUGAAAAUGAUUCGUGACAACCUUCCUCCCAAACUGAAGAAUCUGCACAAGGUCUCUCCUCUGCUCAAGGGCUUCCUGGACAGGAUGCUGGUGCGAGACCCAGCUCAGCGGGCGACGGCCAGCGAGCUCCUCAAACACCCCUUCCUGACGAAGGCCGGCCCACCGUCCUGCAUCGUCCCACUGAUGAGGCAGAACAGGAUGAGAUGAGACACGUGACAACACUAAAAAAGAUCUCCAGACUCUGGAGGGGGCAGAGAGGCGUGUUGUGCAGGUUCAAAUGCGAAAGAGUACUCCUGCACACAGCACAGAGAGCAAGAGGAGGGGUUAGUGCAAGCCCACAGAGGUCAAAGGUCACGGGCACCAAAAACCCAACAAAACAAAAAAAAAAAGAAACACUCAGAAAAUACUGCGAGCUGUGAAGCGUAAACUGGGUGUGCAGGAGUAUUCUACUUUUCUUAUGUGAAUCACUGAACUGUGGGGAACGUAUUCCCCGGAGAAGAGGCAAUAAGGAGGGGUGUGUGUGAGUGUGCGUGUGUAUGUAAAAAUAUGUUGUCAACACUGUUAAUGACAGUGUUUUCAUGGCUCAUACCUGUCAGCGUGUGUGAGCUCUUUGAGUCAUUUUUUUUGUUUUUUUAGCUGAUCUCUCGCAAACAUUUCCUUGAUUUCUUCUAAGGGUCUGACCUGGAAAGAUUGACGACUGUAGCAUCUUACCUGGAUUUUCUUUUUUAAGUGUGAAGGUGUUUUUUUGCACACACCAAUCAGAUGCUUUGAAGGAGCAGAAAGAGCCCAUAUGUAAAUUUUUUAGAAGGACCUUUUUAAAUCUCACGUUUGGGGGACUGUCUGGAACCCGAAUUUUUCUUCACUACAAGAAAUGUCUCUCUCUAUUUCUCUCUCUCUCUCUCACAUGCACACGCACACACAGACAGA